CCUGUUCGCAAUCUCUAGACCUAAAAUGGCGUCAGUUCAAUCUCCCAACACCAUAGAGAUAAAGGAGAGGCCGAGUCAGGAAAAAAAGGCGGACGGGAAAGGCGAGUGGGUAGAGCGGCUGUUUUUUCAGCAUAAGGCCUCUCUUGCCUAUCGCGGCAUUCUGACUCGCUGGUCGUAGUUCUGAGUCUGGACAGGGUGAAAAGCCCGGCGCUUAUUUGAUGAUGGCGACGGAGGAAGAGACUAAGAUUUCUAAGAAGUCCUUUCUGCAGGAAAUGCUGGAAAUCCAUAAAAUUCCUUGUGCUCGACAAUCAUUUCUUUAUGGAAUAUUGGGUGGUCUAGGUAUAGGGCUUGGACACUUUUUGGCAACUAGCAAAGUGAGACGAUCCUAUCACUUGGGAGUAGGAGGUUUCUUUGUGACGACGUUAGGAUGCUGGUUCUAUUGUAGAUACAGCAAUGCAAAACGAAGAUUCCAGCAACGCAUGGUUCAAGAAGCGAUAAAAAACAAGAUACUGUUUGAAGGAACUGAGUUUGAUCCUACAAUGAAGAAGGAAACAAAUCAUGAAAAAAGCCGUUAAGUUUUGGCAAUGCCAUUAAACUAUUUUGUACCGAUUAUGUGCAAUUACAGUAUGAACUUUACUGCAAUUUGAUAAAACAUUUCUUUAUUGUGAAAUUCAGUUUUUUAUUCUCAUUUUACCACUGUAUGUAAAUAUGCUGCUUUGAGAGCAUGGUAGAAAUCUUUCAAAGUAACGCAUUCUAGCAAUGUUUUUUCUGAUGAAUUAAAAAUAUAGUAAUAGCACAUUGAAAGCUUUAUCCAUUGGACAAAAUAGCAAAAACUAAAGGACAAUAGUGGUUACUUUGCUCUUAAUGAAGUACAGCAGUCUUUUUUUAAAUUUCUCACAGCUACUGCCUGUGUGCAAUUUCCCUGCUGUUCUCAGUACCUAUUUUAAUAGGAAAUGGAAAAGCACUGUUUGCCUGAACUCAUGUUACAAAGUACAAAUAUAUUUUGAUGCUAGAACUUUUGAUGAUCGUGCAAAAUAUUUACCGGAUUCUGUUAGCCAUACCUCUGUUCUGUAGAUUUCAGUCUUUUUCUAAAUUGCUAUUUGUUUUUUGCCUUUUUAGAAUUUUUCAUCUGUAAAGGUGCAGUGUCUGAGGCCCUUAGUUUCUAAGAAUUGUUGCUUGAUUUAUAUACAGUAAUGCGCAUGGAUUUUUUUUAUUUGAAACAUUUCCACUGAUGAGAGCCAGAUGUAGCUGGAUGACAUCGGGCCAAGUCAUUCCUUCAGUCAUUAGUGCAGGCUUUGCAUCAAGCUGGUGUAUGCAUAGCAUGUAUCUACCACCUAUCACUUUUUUAAAAUUGGCAUUCUUUGUUAUAAAGGAUCCAAAUAGUUGAAAAUACAUUUUACCAAAGUAUACUAGAAUAUAUUGUUACUGAUCUCUUGAUGACCUACUGAUCUUGUGGAAUAUUUUAUUGCUAAAAGAAAAUGAUUUGUCUCAAUUUUAAUUGAAAAAAUGUACACCUAGUAAAAAAACAUAGUAUGUUCAGUUAAUUGCAUAUUGGUGUACAAAGUAUUUGUAAAGAACACAAUAAAUUAAUGAAUGUAUGCUUUUAA